CACGGGCAAGGGCCGCCAUUUUGGCUGAGCAGCCCUAGUGACAGGAGCCGAAGCUGCAGCGCAGGCUGCCCCGCUCCCCUCCCCCUUCCCUUCUCUAGUCGCUCUCCCGGGCCCCCCCUGCACUCUGCAGUCCCGGCCCCGCCAUGUCCCAGAAACAAGAAGAAGAGAACCCUGCGGAGGAGACCGGCGAGGAGAAGCAGGACACACAAGAAAAGGAAGGUAUUCUCCCUGAAAGGGCAGAGGAAGCAAAGCUGAAGGCCAAAUACCCCAGCCUGGGACAAAAGCCCGGCGGCUCGGACUUCCUCAUGAAGAGACUCCAGAAAGGGCAAAAGUACUUUGACUCAGGAGACUACAACAUGGCCAAAGCCAAGAUGAAGAACAAGCAGCUGCCAAGCGCAGGACCGGACAAGAACCUGGUGACUGGCGACCACAUCCCCACCCCACAGGAUCUGCCCCAGAGAAAGUCCUCCCUCGUCACCAGCAAGCUUGCGGGUGGCCAAGUUGAGUGAUGCUGCCCUGGGCUCUACCAGAUGCUGAGACGUGGCCCCCCACCCCAGGUCCAGCGCUGGCUCCCGCCCCCUCUCUGCCUUUGCAGCCAGGGACCCAGAGGUGGCCCAGGGGUGGGCUGCAGAGGCAGAAGCCCCUGCCUGUUGCUGUCUCUCGCAUGGAGCCCCUGGGGCCGAGCCCCAAGACCUUGAACCCUUUUUUGUUUUACCUUUUUUUUUUUCCUAAAUAACUUGGGGGAAAAAAUCUCAGUGAAAUUCUGGGAGUGGAAUGGGGUGGGAGAUUCCAGGGAAACAUGAACUACGGCCGGAAAGUUGAUGCAAACGUUUCUGACUUUCCUCCCUCUUGACCCUGCAGCUGGUGUGGGGUGGAUGUGAGGGGGGAGGCGGAUGGACUGGGGACACGGGGUUCUAGUUCAGCUCUGUAGAAACAUGCCUGCUCUGGCUGUGGCUGGAGACUCGGUGUCCUGUGAAGGAAGCUGCCUACACACGACCCAUGCAGACAGCUCCCCCACUUGGGCAGAGCUAGCCGAGGCCGGCGGUGUUAACUGGGCCAUUGAGAAAAGUGCUACUCUCCUGGAAGUCUGUUACAGGGACAAGGGAGUACGUGGUGGGGGAAAAGAGCCGUGAGCAUGCGGAGCCCCACAGAGGCCAGUGGACUUUUUCAGCAUUUGAAAUAAUAAUAAUAAUAAUAAUAUAUUAAUAA